AAUUUCUUCCUCGUUGUUGCUCGGCGGCUGCUGAACUCCGAGCAUCCGCUGCCCUGCGCCUCCUUCCCACUCUCUCUCUCUCCGCCCUCGCUGCGGGCGGUCUCCGAUUGGAAUCGAAAACCGAGUUCUUCGGUAGCUGUAUCAUCGGUGCAAUCGCUCAGCUGAAGUGAAAGAGGAAAAAUUGUAAAUUGGAGUACGAGGUUUGUUGUAUAGUUAGUGAAGUGAUGGUGGAAGUGUGGUGGCCAUUGGUCGGGGCGGCAAUCCCGGCCCUAGUGGGAGCACAGGCAUGGAGAAUGAAGAAGAGGCGUGCCGAGGAGCAGAGGCUAAAGAGUGCGAGGGGUCGCGAGAAGAGCUCCGAGGAGAUCUUUGUCUGCGAGAGGGUGUGCACCUCGAAGAGAAUGCUGAAGAAGGUCGGUUCCUUCUCCAAGGACCCGACCCCCGACUCGUGCGUCACCGUGUGCGGUGUGUCCCAGCUCGAUGCCUGCGCCGAUGCCUGUGCCAGGACGGUGUGCGUGAACCAGCACCAGGUCCCCAAUUGGAACGACAUCUGCCUCAGGAGGUGCCAGAGCGAAUGCUUGAGGCUCUCGAGCUCUUACUCUGAUGCUUUGUAGCAGGCUGAGUCUUAGUGAUGAAUAUUUGUUGUUUGAUGAUGGGGGAUUCUCUCCAGCGGUGACGUUACUUUGGUAAGUGUCCAUGCCACCUUGUAGAGUUCGGUUAGGGAUGUGCUGGCAUGGAUUGAAACUGAUGUUCUUCUGCCUAUUGAAUAUGCAAGGUGUUAUUUUGAAUGUAAUGAAACCAUUGUAAAUGUUCAAUGGGUCAUCUGUUACAUGGAAUCGGCUUCGGAGGUUUUCAUCAACGUUAUAGUCUGCUGUCCUCUGUGAUCUGAACAAAUUCUUCAAUGAUGUUGGAUCCAUCACAGAUUCGUUGUUAGAUUGUUUCGGCAGUCAAUGCCACCCCAUAGUUGGGAACUGGAAGUGCUUGAGUUGGUGAUGCUCGAAAUCUUUUCCUCUGUUCUAGCAUGUUAUCGAACAUUGACUGCAGUACAUGCUUGCAGUCAGUUUAUCGAGUAUUUACUGGAAAAUGGCUUCUCGGAGUUCUUUGUCA